AUGACUUCCUCCGUUUUUCUCCCGUCUCAAAACAUUUGGACCCGGCUGAGAUAUCUCAAACGAUCUAAAAUUUACAAGGCUAUUCGGCCGUACACACUUGCGUGUAAAGUGGAUGAGGGCUUUCCAACGAAUAACUUGCUGUUUGAGGAAGGCCCUCUAGAGCAUCUCACUGACAUUCGAGGCUUAGAUCCAGGCCAAGUGACGCUUGAGAAGAAUGGAUUCACUACGAUCCAGCACAAGUUUGAGCAGUCUACGGCAAAUGAAGAGGCGAUCAAAGAACCUGGUGGAUAUCUUGAUGCAAUCCAACAGCUGGCUCGCGACGUAUUGACGGCAGAGGGAGUACAAGUAGAGCAGGUCAAAGUCAUCAAUUGGGUGUUUCGCACUGCGAAGAAAGACGAAAUGUUUGCCAACGCCGACAUGACUGGCCAAGAUUUCCGAGCAUUUGCCCCUGAUACCUACGUCCACAACGACUGUAACUACUACGGUGGGGACAAACGUAUCCGAGCAUUGUUGGGCGCAGAGACCGACACCAUCUUAGCAUCGAAGCGUGUUCGAUUGAUAAAUUUUUGGAAGCCGAUAAACAAUCCAGUUGAAGACUGUCAACUUGCCAUCUGCGAUGCAUCCACAGUUCAGCAUGAUAAAUGCAUUCAUGGGGACUUUAUCGUCAACCCUGACUAUAUCAGUCAAACAAAUUAUGCAGCUCCCUGCGAAGAGCAAAAGUGGUAUUGGUUGAGUAACCAACAAAUUGAUGAGGUCAUUAUAUUCAAACAGCACGACACGGAAGAGCGGAGUAGCACACGUUGUAGGUUUAGAACAAUGCGCCCCUUUCCCUCCAAGGUGGACGUGUGGUCGUACUUACAUACUAUCAGACUGCCCUCACACUGCAUUUUGGAGGAACGACCCGCACAAAUGCAGUGUACAACGUGAAAGCAUUGAGGUUCGAAUACUGGUCGUUUGCUCUAACUAA